AUGCAAGCUAUUCUUGCGCUAGGGGACCCCAAGCAAGCGAUGAUGGAUUUUGAUGAGCGGGUUUCUUGUGGCUCUAAUCUUUAUUUGCCUAGCUGCACCUAUUAUGUCUCGGGUCCGGAUUUCUCCAGCCUGCCUUCUUUUUUACCCCAAACACCGGCUUCUCGCCCCAUGACAUACUCCUACUCGUCCAAUAUCCCCCAGGUUCAACCUGUGCGAGAAGUUACCUUCAGAGACUAUGCCAUCGAUCCUUCCAAUAAGUGGCAUCACAGGGGCAAUCUGCCCCACUGCUAUUCCGCAGAGGAGCUGAUGCACAGAGAAUGCUUGCCUGCCAGCACCAUGGGCGAGAUGUUAAUGAAAAAUAGCGCUAGCGUUUACCACCCCAGCUCCAACGCGUCUUCCAGCUUCUACAACCCGGUGGGCAGGAACGGGGUCCUGCCGCAAGGAUUUGAUCAGUUUUUCGAGACUGCCUACGGUUCCAGUGAGAAUCAGCAGUCGGAGUACUGCGGGGAGAAGAGCCCAGAUAAAGUGCCGUCUGCGGCAACCUCAAGUUCGGAGACUUCCAGGGUGUCCGCGGAGAAAGAGACGAGUCCCGGGAGCAGCAGCCCGGAGUCCUCUUCCGGCAACAAUGAAGAGAAAGGCAGCAACUCCAGUGGCCAGCGUACACGCAAAAAGAGGUGCCCCUACACCAAGUACCAAAUCAGGGAGCUGGAGAGAGAAUUUUUUUUCAGUGUUUAUAUCAACAAAGAGAAGCGGCUGCAACUUUCCCGGAUGCUCAACUUAACCGACCGGCAAGUUAAAAUUUGGUUUCAAAACAGGAGGAUGAAGGAAAAGAAGUUAAACAGGGACCGCCUUCAAUAUUACACCACAAAUCCAUUGCUUUGA